GAAUUACUCCAGCUUAUUUUUCCUACCUAAAAAACUGUACGACGAAAAAAAAGACACGAAACAAUUUUUUUUCCCAUUUUUGGUAAGAGGAGAGAGAAAGGGAGAAGGAAGUUCAUUGAAGGUAACAAUCUUAACCUCUCAAAAAGUUUGAUCUCAUUUUUUUUGUUAAUUCUGAUUGAUUUUUGCCCAAGUUGAUUGAUGAUUAUCUGUGAAUGUUAAUAUGUUUUUCGAUCUGGGAUUAAAUUCCACUCUUCACGAUUGGACCACUUUAACAAUUCUGGGUUAAUACGAUGAAUUGAUGGUAGUAGGAAUGAUUUUGAAAGUUUGAUUAUCAAGUUUAUCGAUAAUUAUAUGGUGUAUGAUGAAGCUUAGCUAUCAAUUUAGGAUUAUUUUCAUAUAUUUGAGGAGAUUAUUUAGAAUUUUAGGGUUUUUGAGGUGAUUUAACGGAAAAAAUGGUUGAAAUUGGGGAAGUAUCUGAACCUAGGGUUUGUAGAAAUGGGUCAUGUGUGGAGGUAGAUGAUUGUUUAACGCAAGUGGUUAGUUUGAGUAUUGGUGGGACUAGGAGUUCGAGUACAUUGGGGGGAUCUGGUUCAAGGAAUACGAGCCCGGCAGGUCUAACAGGGUCUAGGAAUACAAGUCCAUGUAAGCAGAAGGUUGUUAAAACGAAACCACGGGGUCUGGACGAAGAAACGGUGGCAACUUUUAGUAAAGCAUUACAUCCGGAUGUUCAGAUGGAGGAUAAUAUUUGGGCGAUGCUUCCUGAGGAUUUGUUGAAUGAGAUAUUAGCUAGGGUUCCUCCUUUUCUGAUAUUUAGGCUCCGUUCUGUUUGUAAGAGAUGGAACUCCAUUUUGCAGGAUAGUAGCUUUUUGAAGUUUCACUCUCAAGUGCCAUCUCAUGGUCCGUGCCUUCUUACAUUUUGGAAGAACUCUAAUACCCCACAAUGCUCGGUCUUUAGCUUACCCUUGAAAACAUGGUAUAGGAUUCCAUUUAUGUACCUGCCCCCAUGGGCAUUUUGGUUGGUUGGUUCUUCUGGUGGUCUUGUUUGCUUUUCAGGAUUCGAUGGUUAUGAUUUUAAAACCUUAGUGUGUAAUCCCCUUACACAGGCUUGGAGGAUGUUGCCAAGCAUGCAUCAUAAUCAGCAGAGGCAGUUAAUCAUGGUUGUUGAUCGCAAGAAUAGAUCUUUUAUAGUUAUAGCCACUUGUGAUAUGUUUGGCGACAAGUCAUUGCCCACUGAAGUAUAUGAUUCUAAGAUGAACAGCUGGUCGGUCCACCAAAUAAUGCCUGCAGUUAACCUGUGUUCUUCGAAAAUGGCAUUUUGUGAUUCGAGGCUGUAUUUGGAAACACUUUCACCACUUGGUUUGAUGAUGUACCGUCUGGACACUGGAUCUUGGGAGCACAUACCUGCGAAGUUUCCUCGGUCAUUGUUGGAUGGGUAUCUGGUUGCUGGUACACAGCAUCGUCUCUUUCUUGUUGGAAGGAUAGGUCUUUAUAGUACCCUCCAAAGCAUGAGAAUUUGGGAAUUAGAUCACUCUAAGAUCCAAUGGGUGGAGAUCAGUAGGAUGCCUCCCAAAUAUUUUCGAGCUUUACUGAGGCUAUCAGCUGAGAGAUUUGAGUGCUUUGGGCAGGAUAAUUUGAUCUGUUUUACAUCCUGGAACCAAGGAAAAGGCCUCCUUUAUGACGUGGACAAAAAAGUUUGGUCUUGGAUUGUUGGCUGUGCUCUGCAAUCAUACAACAGCCAAGUAUGUUUCUUUGAGCCAAGAUUUGAUGCAUCCAUCUAUUGACCUUGAUUUUGUUUCUUCUUUAUGGAAUGUACUCUCAAAGAGGAUUUCGUGGGGCUUCUUUUGGCGUUUUCAGUCUUCAACCAUGUAAAUUUCAUGCCCUUCAUGCCUCGUAUUGCUUCAUCUAGAAAUAACGUUUUUCAGUUCACUCAUAUUCAUGUGUCCAAGAUAAAGCACAUUGUUUUGUUGAUGUUAGAAAUUUAGUGGCUGUUUCAUGAUGAAAUUAUGUCAACACAUAUUCCACAUUUGCCGAACAAUUUUGCUUCCUGAUGAGUUCACUACAGCAGUGGUCUUUUGUUUAGGCAUAUGAUUGGCCAUUUUGACUGGGGACAGUGAUUCAGUGCUGAUGCGACAUUUGGUAUGCAGUGGAUUAGGGUUGGUGAGAUUUGUAACUGGAAAAGUAAGCAUGAACUCCAUCUGCGGAAGAAUAUGAAAGGAUCUUUUUGUCUCUCCAACUGUUGUAUACUAAUAGACAAUGUCAAGCAUUUCAAGUUUUCAAUGUAAAUUUCUAUCAAUCUUGGUAAUUGUUAUACACACACUUAUGUUUAGUGCUUUUGUAGCUUGUAUAUGUGCUGAAAUCAUCUUGCUAACUCGUCUUUCUCUUAACAUAUUCUCGUAUUAUCUUUGGAAAUUAAGUUUACGACGAUCUGGCUGCUAAUGGUUCAGACUUGGAAUGGAUGCCUAUGAGUUUCAUUGCUGUUUUCGGCUGUCUAAAAUUGCCAGUUUCGCAAUUGUAGGUACUGCUACCAGCUGUGAUGGUUGCUUGCUCUUCCCUAUUGCUAAAAUAUCAUCUCGAGAAAGCAAUAAUGUAAUGACGAUGAAUAUCUUUUCUUGUUACCUCCAAGAGGAUUCUGAAUUUAAACUACCUUUUUUUUUGUGUAGUUCA